CAGAAAUAUUUAAAAUAUUUCCGACGAUAGAAUUUGUCAAAGGAUUCAUCUUCUUGAAGAAAAGCAAUGUGAGUGAAAAUCCUGAAAGGUCUGUUAUGACGGAUGCUGAAGAAAAUGGUUUGGCGAAUAUGGGAUUUUUUUCCUCUUUUGAUGUUCAUAGUGAUGCUUUUACCACGAGUGUUUGCGGAAACUGAUACCUUAACUCAAUCCCAACAACUGUUGCUAAAUCAGACGCUAGUCUCUGCUGGAAAAAUAUUUGAGCUAGGCUUCUUCAGUCCAAGUAACUCGAGCAGACUAUAUCUCGGUAUGUGGUUCAAGAACAUUCCUGGUCAGAGGAUUGUAUGGGUAGCAAACAGGGAAGAUCCACUCGCAGCUUCUGACUCUGCGGCAUUCUUGAAGAUUGGAGGUGACGGUAAUCUCAGAAUUACGGAUGGCAAUCAAAAUACUGUUUGGUCGACGAAUAUAUCUGUCCGGUCUAAUAAGACAACGGCUGUACUUACAGAUAAAGGGGAAUUCAUUCUUAAAGACGGUGUCUCAGGGACAUAUUUAUGGGAUAGUUUUAACUAUCCUUGUGAUACCUUGUUAUUAGGAAUGAAAGUUGGAUACAGCAACAGGACGGGGAUGAAGCUUGUCUUAUCAUCCUGGCGGUCUGAAGAUGAUCCGUCGCCUGGAAAGUUUACUACUGGACUCUCGGUAGAGAUACCUCCUCAAGGAUUUACUUGGACUAAUUACUCGAGGCCUUACUGGAGAGGUGGCCCGUGGGACGGAGGGAACUUCUUAGGCAUACCUGAUGAUGACAAAGGGUAUGCAAGUAGUCUAAAUGUAAUACCAGAUAAGCAACAGGAAUCUGCCUUUCUCAGUUUCAAUAAUUUCAACGAUUCUGAUGUUGUAAUCAUGGUCGUGAAACCAUCAGGGAUCAUGGAAAUGAUGGUAUGGAAAGAAGAACGGAAUGCAUGGAAGGUCACCUGGAGGACACCAGAGACCCCAUGCGAUGUUUAUGGAACUUGUGGUCCUUACAGUGUUUGUGACAAGAAUAAGACUCCGGUCUGCGAUUGCUUGAAAGGAUUUGUACCGAAGUCAACCGAUGAAUGGAUCAAAGGAAAUUGGACUGGCGGCUGUGUGAGGAGACAUAAACUUCUUUGUGAAAUCAGUACAAGUGGCAUGGCUCCAAAGGGAUCGAAAAAUGAUGAGUUCUUGCAACUGAGCGAUAUGAAACUUCCAGAUCACUACACAUAUUUGUACGAUAAAUAUGGCGCUCAGAAUUGCAAAAAGCGUUGCCUGAAUGACUGUUCCUGUGCAGCCUAUGCGUAUCCGGCUGGAAUUAACUGCAUGAUUUGGACUUCAGAACUUACGGAUGUUCAGCAGUUUCCAUAUGAUGGUGUGGAUUUGUUUCUUCGUCUUGCUUAUUCUGAACUGGAUGAAGAUAAAAGGAAGAAAAAACUUAUCAUCGGCUUCACAAUCGUUUCAAGCAUUCUCAUAUUGGGCAUUUUCGGAUGCAUCUUCUACCAGUGGAAAGCAAAUCAAAGAGGAAAUAGAAUUAAAGAUUACUUUCCGGCUGAUAGGCGUCAGAAUUCAAGGGAACUGUCUACAGACAAUUUCUGGGACGAGCAAGCAUUGCCAAAAGAUUCAUCAGAACUACCGCUUCUUGACUUUGCUAAACUGGCUACUGCAACUGAUAACUUCAGUGAAAUAAAUAAGAUUGGAGCAGGAGGAUUUGGCCCCGUUUACAAGGGAAGACUGGAAGACGGACAAGCAAUAGCUGUGAAAAGGUUAUCUAGUCACUCUGGACAAGGAAUUCAAGAGUUCAAGAAUGAAGUCCUGCUAAUCUCCAAACUGCAGCACAGGAAUCUUGUCAGAAUAUUGGCUUAUUGCGUUCAUGGGAAAGAGAAGUUACUAGUUUACGAGUACAUGUCUAACGGAAGCUUAGACACUUUGUUAUUUGAUUCUAAAAAGAGCCAUCAGCUUCCCUGGCCAAAACGUUUCAACAUGAUUCAAGGCAUUGCUCGAGGGCUUGUUUACCUUCACCGUGAUUCUUGUUUAAGGGUCAUUCACCGAGAUCUGAAGGCAAGCAAUGUUCUCUUGGAUGAUGAUAUGAAUCCAAAAAUUUCAGAUUUUGGGUUGGCCAGAACUUUUCAAGUGACUCAAGAGCUAGCAAACACUAAAAGGAUAGUGGGAACAUUCGGUUAUAUGUCACCAGAGUAUGCAAUGGGAGGACUACUUUCUGAGAAAUCUGAUGUCUACAGCUUUGGCGUAUUGCUGCUAGAGAUUGUCAGUGGAAAGAGAAACAGCGGAUUUUAUGAGCAUGAAAGGCAUCUUAACCUUCUCAGUUAUGCAUGGGUGUUAUGGACUGAAAGAAAAGGACUAGACUUGAUGGAUAAAUCAAUUUUGGACUCAGAUUCCUCUGCAACAGUGCUCAGAUGCAUACGUAUUGGCCUGCUUUGCGUCCAGGAUCAUGCUGCUGAUAGGCCAUCAAUGCCGUCUGUUGUUCUUAUGCUAAGUAGUGAGACGGAUCUUCCUCAACCAAAGCAACCUACGUUCGUAUUUCAAAGAUGGUUGAAUUCUGAUACUCAAUCACAAAUAAGCAAGCCUGAGUCUGUUAAUGAUAUUACUGUCUCUGUGGCAGAAGGCCGAUAACCAAUUCAAUAUCUUGCAUGUCCCGUUUUAAAAUGUGUUUACGUCUUGUCUAAACUAUUAUUAUUAUCCGAUCAUUUCUUUAUGUA